AUGCUGCCUCACGCCAAGUUCUGGAAAAGCGAGGGCGAUCGCAAGGUCUUGCCUGCGCCAACCACCAUCGUCCCUUUCGCAGGUCGCAUUGGUGCUAAUCAAGAGUUCUCGCUUGACAAAAACAACUGCACACAAAUAGAGUUACUGCAGAAGUUCCCCGAUGCCGCCCCCUGGAUUCCAUUGCGCGAUGCUCUCUCACUACGACACUUCCUCCAACCCGAGCUGUGGAAGGCCGCAACUAUCGAGGCUGUUGGUCCGUGCGCCCGGAUAUGCAACACCUUUGCAACCGGAGCACUUGUGCCCAGUCUGCUUGGGGCAGUGACGGCGAUCCUGGUCCUGCCACUACUGAUCUUUGCGACUGGCCCAGUCUCCGGUGCCCACCUUAACCCGACGAUCACCAUUGCGACAUUCUUUGCACGUCUCGCGACGUUGCCGAGAUGCAUUCUGUACAUUGGAUUUCAGACACUCGGGGCAACCAUAGCAGGCCUGUUACUAAGGGCAAGCUUCGAUACGAGAUCUGUCUGUUAUUCCCCUCCCAUACUAGGUAUGAGGCAUUGGGGGUCUGUUGCUGAUCCGCUGAAACAGUUCACCGUUCCCGGUUGCUAUAUGGAUGCGACGAAAGUCUCACCAGGGAACGCGUUCGCCAUAGAAUUCACCACUGACUUCGCUUUGAUCUUCACUGCAUUCGGUGUCGGACUAGAUCCACGACAGCGCUCUGUUUUUGGACCCGCCUUGGGUCCGAUAUUUGUCGGCAUAACACUGGCGACAUGUACUUUUGUGACGGGCUUCAGCCGCGUUGGCUACACUGGAUUUUCUGGAAAUCCUGCUAGAUGCUUUGGAGCAAUGGUCGGCUCGCACUUUGCUUCUUAUCACUGGGUACAUUGGGUAGCACCGAUCUGUGCCUCCAUUACCCAUGGCAUUCUAUACUACCUGGUUCCUCCAUACUCCAGGGGCAAGGCCCCGAACGCGAGCAAUGGCUCCUCUUGA